GUUUAGCUUGAUGUUCCGCUUGGCUCGCAUCGACCAGUUCGGCAGAGAGACCUACUACCCGUUCUCUAUGAGCUGCAGUACGACCAAGCCGUGGAACCCCCGCGAAAUCGUCUGCGAGGAGAACUACAUGGAGAUAUCUGUCAGGAGAAAUGUACCAGAGAUUGCCCACGAAGGAAUGGAUACUGAAGACUGGCCAGCUGCUGUCCCUGCAGCCCUGGAAGCAUUAAUGUCAGUUUGGAAGGUUGUGUUCCACAAGACUGGCCAGCCAGCAAAAUCCAUGGAUGCCUCCCUGGCCCAGUCUCUGGGCUACAGCAUCAACUCCACCUCCACUAGGAUCCUCUUCCGCUCCCCAUUUAACAUGCCUGAAUCUGAGAUGCUAAUGGUUAAUGGAAUCCAAGUGGAAGCAAUCAAAGCAACUGUCUUCUACAAGCAGAGGUGGAUGGUGCUGUUGGUGGACACUUCUGCUGCCUGUACCAAGAAUAAUGGCACUUUUGAUGGGAUGAACUUGGCCUGGGUUUCCCCCAGGGUGCUCUCUCCACUGGUCCUCCAUAUUGACCAGUUCCAGGACAAGGAUAUCUCCAUGGGCGUGGAUGGGAAGCUGCUCGACCUCGCCACUAUCCAAAGGAGGAACUAUAACCUUAACGUCAAUGAUUCCUUUGUAGGAAUCUCCAUUCCUUAUGGUGCAGAGGGUGGCUACCUGAAGAGUCAUGUCAUAAAUAAUCAGUACAACCGGGUGUAUGCCAUUGACCUGUACCUUGAGCACCAGUGGGCAGAUGAGCAGUGGGAAGUGACCCAGCACCGCUCCUUCAAGCCAGUCCGCACCCCCUUUAUUGCUGAAACCCCCUUUGUCAUCAACAAUACCAUCCCAGAAGAAAAGGUCUUCACAGUGACCCUUGGUGUCUUCAACCCUGACGUUGAGCUGAAGAACCUGACUAUCAAUGGGGUUCCUCUGACCCUUCCUGAGGCAAUCAACCAAGGCAUUGUGGUCGCUGAGGUCCAGCACCCCAAUGGCACCAAGUCUAUUGUCCUGAAGGUCCCCUUCACCCACCCACUCAUCCCACAGAAGUACAUUGGCGAUGGGGUCCGGGAGUUCACCUUGAAUAUUAACUACACCUUGAACAUCGUUCCUGAGAACGAGCCUUAUUUCUUCCCGGCAACCAUCGUGUGUCAGGUUAAGGAUGUGGUACUUCCUGAUGUCAAUGGCUUUUGUACUGAGAACAGCAUAGUAUUUGAUGUGAGCCGCGGGAACAUGGACUACCUCUGGGUCAUGUACGUUGGGAAGCACCAGCUAACCUCAGAGCUGGCUGCUCACCGAGGCUACGUAGUCACCAACCAGACCAAGUUUAUUCUGGAGGUGCCACUCUUCAGUGUUGGCUGCAUCUAUGAGGAUAUCUCUCUCCGAGGCCUCUUUGUUCGUGUAGAACUGACCUUCAGGACUGUUGGGACACUAGAGGCAGUGCUGUCAUUGGUACAGCGCUGUCAAUUUCCUACCAAGCAGCUGCUGGUGUGCAUGCCUGGUGGUGUGAUGACAGUGGUGGCUGUGACUAUGGAGCCCAUACCAGUAGUGGAACCCAGUAAGACAACCCUGCUGGACAAGACCUGCAAACCCAAAGAGUCUGACUCGACCAGGGCUCUCUUCACGUUCAGUGUGAACACCUGUGGGACUAGGAGCCAGAUUGUGGGCAACUACCUGAUCUAUGAGAAUGAGGUGGUGUAUACCAGAGCACUGUUCCCACCCAAUGCUCCAGUCAUCACCAGGGACUCUGAAUACAGGCUGACCGUUCGUUGCCGCUACCCCCUCAAUGACACGUUGGAGCUGGUAGCUGAAAGGAAGGCUGCCCCUGCCCCCUACUCUGUCAAAGGGUUAGGAUCCCUGCAGUUCUAUCCUUACAGCCAAGGGGAUGGAGGCAGCAGGCCAUUGAGAGAUGUCCUGAAUCUGAAGGCCCGUAUAGCAAGAGAUGUGUCCUACUCCCAGUUCUACUCUGCAUUCCCUGUGUCCCAGUCUAUGCUGGCGCCACUGUUCCUAGAGGUUGAGCUCCUGCACCCCCAGAACCUGGCCGACCAGCUCAUUCUGCAGGACUGCUGGGCCACUGAGAGCCCUGAACUGGAUGCCAGCCCUCAAUGGGACCUGGUCACUGACAGAUGCCUGGCCAGUGGUGACUCCUACAAGACCCGGUUCCACCCAGUGUCAACCAGUGCUCUCACCAAGAGCCCCCACCACCUGAAGAGGCUUGAGGUCCAGGCUCAGCCUGCUGGAGGCCAAGCCCUCUGGAAACAGGUGUAUUUGCAUUGUCUAGCUGUGGCUUGUGAUUCUGAGAAGGAGGGUGCCUGCAAUAAGACCUGCGUCACUGGAGAGAGGAGAUCAGCCCGCAGUGCUGAGCUGGCGGACUCUGUCAAAGGCUACAUUUCUGCUGGACCGGUUCAAAUUGUACCAGAGGGGGGUGUUGACCGUGUCAGAGCAGCAGAUAAACGCAGCCUGCUAUCAGCAAGGAGACCUGCGGAGAUACCCAGUCUGGAGCAGCGAGCCAGCCAGAUAUCCCCUCCCAGUGCAGCCCCCCUCCCAGUGCAGCCCCCCUCCCAGUGCAGCCCCGCUCCCAGUGCAGCCCCGCUCCCAGUGCAGCCCCGCUCCCAGUGCAGCAGUGCAGCCCCGCUCCCAGUGCAGCCCCCCUCCCAGUGCAGCCCUGCUCCCAGUGCAGCCCCCCUCCCAGUGCAGCCCCCCUCCCAGUGCAGCUCCCAGUGCAGCCCCCCUCCCAGUGCAGCCCCGCUCCCAGUGCAGCCCCGCUCCCAGUGCAGCCCCCCUCCCAGUGCAGCCCUGCUCCCAGUGCAGCCCCGCUCCCAGUGCAGCCCCGCUCCCAGUGCAGCCCCGCUCCCAAUGCAGCCCCGCUGCUCCCAGUGCAGCCCCCCUCCCCAGCUCCCAGUGCAGCCCCCCUCCCAGUGCAGCCCCGCUCCCAGUGCAGUGCAGCCCCCCUCCCAGUGCAGCCCUGCUCCCAGUGCAGCUCCCAGUGCAGCCCCCCUCCCAGUGCAGCUCCCCCCUCCCAGUGCAGCCCCGCUCCCAGUGCAGCCCCCCUCCCAGUGCAGCCCUGCUCCCAGUGCAGCCCCGCUCCCAGUGCAGCCCCCCUCCAGUGCAGUGCAGCCCCGCUCCCAGUGCAGCCCUCCUCCCAGUGCAGCCCUGCUCCCAAUGCAGCUCCGCUCCCAGUGCAGCCCCGCUCCCAGUGCAGCCCCCCUCCCAGUGCAGCCCCGCUCCCAGUGCAGCUACCCCUCUCCCAGUCCAGGCAGCCAGCUCACCACCUCCUCCUCGACCCAGUCCAGCUACCCUAGCAGCACUGGCUCGGCUGCUGCUGUUGUGGGAAGAGACGCCAUAUCAGGAAACCUGUGCAGGUCACCGCUGUACCCUGCGUGA